AUGGCGCUUGGUUUGACCAGGAAUUCCCAGCUGAAUGCUGAAAACAGGACAGCUGUGGCCUCCAAACCUGGAUUGAGGCCCAGGGCUGUGCUAGGAGAGCUGGAAAACAAUGGGGUUGUGACAGCACCAGCUCUGGUGAAGGUCCAGCAUCCUUCCCCAAUGGAGACGUCAGGCUGUGCACCUGAGGAGGACUUGUGCCAGGCCUUUUCAGAUGUGCUACUGAAUAUCAAAGAUGUUGAUUCCGAUGAUGGCGAGGACCCAAUGCUCUGUAGUCAAUAUGUGCAGGACAUCUACAGCUACCUAGGACAGCUUGAGGUAGUGCAAGCAGUUAGGCCAAAGUUCCUGGAGGGACAGGAAGUCACUGGGAAUAUGCGUGCUAUACUCAUUGACUGGCUAGUGCAGGUUCAGAUGAAGUUCAGACUUCUUCAGGAGACCAUGUAUAUGACUGUUAGAAUAAUUGAUCGCUUCCUUCAGGUUAAUCCAGUGCCCAAGAAGAUGCUGCAGCUUGUUGGUGUGACUGCUAUGUUUCUUGCCUCCAAAUAUGAAGAGAUGUAUCCUCCAGAGAUUGCAGACUUUGCUUUUAUUACUGACCACUCAUGCAGUACAGCUCAGAUCAGAGCUAUUGAAAUGGAGAUCCUGAGGGUGCUCCAGUUUGGCUUUGGGUGUCCUAUUUCUCUGCAGUUUCUGAGGAGGGCUUCUAAGAUUGGAGAAGCAGAUGCAGAGCAGCACACCUUAUCCAAAUAUCUAAUGGAGCUGACCAUGGUGGAUUAUGACAUGGUGCACUAUCCCCCAUCCCAGAUUGCUGCAGCAGCAUUUGCCCUUGCCUUGAAGGUUCUUGACUUUGGUGAAUGGACACCCACUCUGCAGCAUUACAUGAACUACACAGAGAGUUCUCUGAUUCCUGUGAUGCAGCACAUUGCUAAAAAUGUAGUGAAGGUCAAUGAAGAACUCACCAAGUACACGGCUGUUAAGAACAAGUAUGCCAGCCAGAAGCUAAUGAAGAUCAGCAUGAUUCCACAGCUGAGGUCUGCUGUAAUCAAGAAUCUGGCUCAACCACUGUUGUCCUGCUACACUGUUUAACCUAUGCUGUUCAAAAAUUUGGCUUUUAGUUUUAAAAUUAUGUACGUUUUCCCAGAUUGGUUCUUGUGAAUAGUAUUUCAAAUCCAGUAAUCCUAGCUAAUUUUACUGGUUUCUUUUUAUUUGUCAAAUUUUGGCUAUUGCAUUUUUAGUCUAAAGUCUUCAUGAAACUACAGAACUUGCAAGUCAGACUGUUUUAAGAGAAUCAUUGCAAUA